GGUGGUGGCAGGGGGGGUGGCAGGUCCCUGGCUCACCGUGCGUCUCCUCUCUCGCAGGGCGCGGGGCGGCAGCGCCCGCACAGAAGCCCAGACCAUGCUGGCCUGCCUGCAGAGGACCCAGAACCCCCCAGCCCAGCACCUCCCCUGCCCCAACAAGGCGCUGGAGCCACGCAAGUGCGAGACGGCCCCCAUGCAUUCCCCGCGCUACCCCAGCCCCGCCGAGCUGGACGCCUACGCACAGAAGGUGGCCAACAGCCCGCUGACCAUCAAGAUCUUCCCCACCAACAUCAGGGUCCCCCAGCACAAGCACCUUAACCGGACGGUGAACGGCUACGACACCACGGGGCAGAGGUACAGCCCCUACCCCCUGCACGCCGGCGGCUACCAGGGGCUGCUGGCCAUCGUCAAAGCCCCCUCCCCCCUGCACGCCGGCGGCUACCAGGGGCUGCUGGCCAUCGUCAAAGCCUCUGGCAAAAGCGUGGUGAAGAACUCGGAGGGGAAGCGGACUAAGCUCUCGCCUGCCCAGGUGGGCGUCGCUCCCUACCCUGCCUCAAGCACUUUAGCUCAAGGUCCCUCCUGCGCCGGGCAGCUGAGCUACCAGAAGCAGCUGGAGGGUCCCGUGCCCCCCAAUGUGACGGUGGCGGCCUCGGUGCUGCCGCUGGCGGGCAGGAGCCUGGCCCUCCUGGCCCUGCCGCCCUCCAACCUGCCCUCCAUCCAGAGCAUCAUCUACCAGAUCAAUCAGCAGUGCCAGGCGCAGGGUGCCCAGCCCGGCUGCCCGGCCGUGGUGGCCGCUCACGCCAGCCCGGCCAAGCACGGCGCCUUCGGCCCCAGCUACGGCGGCGCCGCGCUCCCCCGCGGCGGGGGCGCCCUGAGCAAAUCCCCCGAGACGUGCGCGGGCGGCUCGCGGCCCUACGGGCUGGGCGGUGACAAGGUGAGCUCGUCCCCCUUGAACUGCAUGCACGGCAACUUCGCCGUGGGCCAGUACUUCGCUCCCCCCUGGAACAGCAUCCUGGUGACCCCCAACAGCGACUGUUACAACCCCGCGGAGCUGGGGGCCGGGCCCCGCGAGCUGGGGGUGCCCCCGGCCGAGGGGCUGCCCAGCAAGACCCUCUGCAAUACCUCCAUCCUCAGCAGCAGCCUCCAGUCCCUGGAGUAUCUCAUCAACGACAUCCACCCGCCCUGCAUCAAGGAGCAGAUGCUGGGCAAGGGCUACGAGACCGUGUCUGUGCCAAGGCUCUUGGACCACCAGCACGCCCACAUCCGCCUGCCCGUCUACAGAUAAGGGACCGAUGCUGCUCUUCCCAAACCAACCCAGGGCCAGGACUUUGGGCGAGCUGCGGGCACCGGACCGGGGGGACGGGGAGGGGACGCGGGGUCGGCUGCCCAAAGGGCUCCUGGGACACUGGCGCUGCACCGGGGUCCCCAGACUGGACACACCCGCUGGAAGCCGAGGCUGAAGGACCGCUUGUCUAUAUAGCUCAGAAAUCAUUUUUAUCUCCACGAAUGUGAACAGGGAAUUGCUACGAGUUGCUGCUAUCCAGGGAGGGGAGGCUCUGCUGCGCUGGCAGAGCCCGGUGUCGUGGCUGGCCGGGAGGCUCCAGGGUGGGUCCCAGCCCAGUGUGUGGCCGGUGCUGACCUGACAGCUGUCCAGGAGGCUCCACAGUGGCCAAUCCUGGCACAGCAGUGGCCGGGAGGCUCCAUGGUGGCCAGUGCCAGCCCGGUGGUGGCCAGUCCCAGCCCAAUGUGGCCGCAGGGAUCUGGCGCCUGACCUGUAGCUGAAGUCCGUAACUUGCACUGCUUUGAUUAAAGCUAAUAACUGGGGACAGUCUGGAGGCUAUUUAAGAAAAAAAACACUUGAAAACUUGAACAGAAUUUUUGAUUUUUGUAAUUUUUUGGGGUUUUUUUUAGUUGACUAGGCUGUACAUCUACAUGUUGGCUGCUACGGAGUCUCCUCUCGCCCCUCUUCCUCCUCAUCCUCCUCCUCUCGCUCGGCCCCACAGUGGCCACCAGCUCCUAUUCCCACUCAACCAGGAGGUUCGGGACCCCCUCAGCCCCUCUCUCCUGGGAACCCCCCAGCUCUCACACUUCCAGGCUGUUUUAUUUCCCCCCUUACUGUCAGUUCUACCUUGGUUCUGGGUCGCAGUACCGGGGCGCUCACAUACCUCCUUUUUUAAUUUUUUUUUUUUUUUAAACACCCAUACAAUUCCAAAAUUAUGGUCCGUUAUUCACUCUGUGUAAUUCUGUGUUUAAUAGAUUUGUUCAUUUACAAAAGGCUCCUCACCAUGAAAUACAAAGUGUUUUGAUGUUUAAAGGUAAAAGAAGAAUAAUAUCCUGAUGAAACCCAAGGUGAUUGUGCUCGGAAAAGAGGUACUGUAUCCCUGAAAGCCUGUUCAAGCACUAAGUGCAUUUACAAAUCUCUGAGAAUGUUUUUUUUUUAUACUAAAAUUGACCAUUAUAUUCUACUGUGAGAAGUGCUGGCUGCACUAUAUUGUUUUA